AUACUACAGCCACUGUGGCUCAACUAAGGUUAAUAUGGAUGGAUGGAAGGUUAGGUAAGGUUGGAAAAGAGCAUUGAUCUAUUUUAAGCCAUGUACAUAGGUACCUAUUUCGUCAUUUCCAGUUGUGGUGGGGUUACCUAUGGCGGGGCAGUGGGAAGUUGGUAUGAAACUGCUACUUAACGUUUGUACCUGCUGCUGAUAAAUGCGAUGCCGGCAGAGGCCGAAUGUUCUAACUUUUAGGUAGCGUAGGUACAUCCUUACAUAUUUGUAUGAAGAAAUGAAUAUGUAGAAUGAAGCCCUUUCAACCACCUUGAAAUGCUUUCUCAUUUCCGGAACUUGCCUUUAAUCUGUUAACUACCUUUUAUUCAAUGCUUCUUCUUUAGGUUUACCCACCCCUAGUUCUAGAAAUGUCACUCGCAAAAGUUAAGCAUAUUCUCCUGGUCCUCUCUGGCAAGGGAGGUGUAGGGAAAUCGUCUGUGACCACUCAGCUUGCAUUAUCCCUUUCGCUCUCUGGGCAUUCUGUCGGAGUUCUUGAUGUCGAUCUUACUGGGCCUUCGAUGCCGCGCAUGUUUAACAUAGAAGAUGCGAAAGUUACCCAAGCGCCGGGAGGGUGGCUUCCCGUGACCGUCCAUCCUGCGAACCCCGAGACCGAUAUAGGCGAACUGAGAUGCAUGAGCCUUGGCUUCUUAUUGCAUGGAAGAGGCGACGCGGUUGUAUGGCGAGGUCCCAAGAAAACUGCCAUGGUCCGACAGUUCCUCUCAGAUGUAUUGUGGGGAGAACUUGAUUUCCUGCUCAUCGAUACACCCCCAGGGACGUCUGAUGAGCAUAUAUCACUUGCCGAAACACUGCUGAAAGAUGCAUUACCUGGUCAGGUUGCCGGUGCGGUAGUGGUGACUACACCCCAAGCAGUUGCUACGGCGGACGUCAGAAAGGAGUUAAAUUUCUGCGCAAAAACAGGCAUAUCGGUCAUUGGCGUUAUUGAAAAUAUGGUCGGGUUCGUAUGUCCAAACUGCGCCGAAUGCACCAACAUUUUUGGAAAAGGAGGGGGCCAAAUCAUGGCGGACGACUUCAACGUGCGCUUUUUAGGAGGUGUCCCUAUAGACCCUCAGUUUGUUAUGUUAAUCGAAACGGGAAGACGACCACGAUAUCCUAAAGGCACCGUUAUCGACGGGCAAGACUUCUCUGAGACGCAUCAAAAUGGGGAUACAGACACAUCGGCUGCAGAAACGAGAGAAGCCGGCCUGCUUGCUGAGAAAUACCUGGAGUGUUCCCUUGAGCCUAUCUUCAAGAAGAUCACGCAAGAUAUCGUCACAGCUAUCGGAUGAUGUCGGACAGAUUGUUAUCAGCCUAAGUUCUCUCAUCUAUCUAGAAUCUUACAUCGACAUGACCAAAGGGAGCAUAUAU